AUGAUGAUGAUGAUGGAAGGCAUCAAGGGAGGAGGAGGAGGGAGGGUGAAUGGCGUGGUGGGCCAUCAUGAUCAAGUUCAAGUUCAAGAUCAAGACAUGGGAGAUGGGAUGCAGUGCAGUGACCAUCCUUACAGAAACAACCCAGGAGGGAUCUGUGCUUUCUGCCUCCAAGAGAAGCUUGGGAAGCUUGUGUCUUCUUCUUUCCCUCUCCCCAUUCAUGCUUCAGCCUCCUCUUCUUCCUCCCCUUCUUUUAGAUCUGACACUGUCAAUGUUGGUGGUGUUCAUAAUGGCAAUGGUGUUGCUGCUGGUCCUUCUUCCUCUGCUGCCUCUCUCUCACUCUCCCUCUCAGCCCACCCAGCCUCAGCUUGUGCAAAACCUAGAAGCAAUAUUGGUAACAAUUAUCGUCAUGAAGAUGACUUCUACAACACAAGGAGAGCCAGGAUUUCGUUUCUCUUGGCGAAGAAGAAGAAGAAAGUGAGCACUGCUACUUCUAAUGCUGCGUCUUCCGAUCGAGCGGCGGCUGAUGUCGUGUUCAAGAGAAGCAAAUCGACCACAACCCCAAGAAGAGCCCACCAUUUCCUGGAUGGUUCUGAGGACUUUAGCCCCAGAAAGAGAGGUGGGUUUUGGUCGUUUCUCUAUCACUCGUCUGCCAAAUCGUCCUCAUCAAACAGUUUGAACAAGAAAGCAAUCGACAAGUCCAAGAUCUCGUCCUCUUCUUCCUUCUCUUCGUCAGCCGCGCAGAAGGACUCCAAAUGCUUGGGGUCGUCCUCUCUGAGGAAUAAAAGCGAACACCUUGCGGUUGACGCAGCAGCUGCAGCAGACGACGAUAGCGCUAGCCCCAACAGCAGCCAAGCCACUGCUGCCUCGGCCUCCUCGUUCGAGCGCAAGGUAUCGAGAUCCAGAUCCGUCGGGUGCGGCAGCAGAAGCUUCUCCGGUGACUUCUUCGAGCGGAUCUCAACUGGGUUCGGCGACUGCACUCUCAGAAGGGUCGAGUCUCAGAGAGAAGGCAAGCCCAAGGCCAGCGUCCACCGUCACGGAGAGCACAACAACAGUCACUGCAUGAAAGAGCGAGUGAAAUGUGGUGGGAUUUUCAGUGGGUUCAUGAUGACAUCAUCAUCUUCAUCUUCAUCGUCUUCCUCUUAUUGGGUUUCGUCUUCUGCAGAAGGACAGCUCGUCCAUGGCCGCAGCAGGAGCUGGGGCUGGGCUUUUGCUAGCCCCAUGAGAGCCUUCACCAAGCCUUCUUCGAAAGAUGGGAAGAGAGAUAUAGUUAGGCAAGCUUCAGAUAAGAACACCACCCCCAACCUGAAUGCCAUUCCUUCCUUGCUAUCAGUCAGAGGUUGA